UAUAUAAGAGCUGGAUUAUUGGUAAGCAAGUAGGGGGCAAAUACUCUAGUGAAUGCAAGUUUGGACUUGUUUUCAUGCAGCUUUCUUGCUAUCAAAGGUAUUUUCUGAUAUUGCUGACACUGAAGCAUUAAAAGAAAAUUCAAGAAGCCAUGUGUGUCCUAAAGCUACCAGUAGUGAUCCUUGUGCUCUUUGUGGCAUUAAACCAUCUGAAAGCUACCCCCAUUGAAAGCAUUACCAAUCACCAGAUGGACAAACGGAAAUGCAACACUGCCACAUGUGCAACACAACGCCUGGCAAAUUUUUUAGUUCGUUCCAGCCACAACCUUGGUGCCAUUCUCUCAACUACCAAUGUGGGAUCCAAUACAUAUGGCAAGAGGAAUGCAGCUGAGGUUUUAAACAGAGAACCAUUGAAUUACUUACGCCUUUAGAGGUCAGUGUACCUCAAUGGUUCUCAAUGUUUUAUGUAUAAACAUUCUAGUGAUUUCCUAUAAUAAUUAAGAGUGCCUUUUUCAUUUCUAGAGUGAACGUAUGAUUGUGCCCCUUGUUUGUUAGCAGUACAAGAAAACUGUUAAGAAUUAUCUUAAAUUUACUACCAAUUAAGUUUCCAGAAUAAAAAGAUGAUGUCUUUAAAACUAAUACGUUCUUGCUAUACAGCUUUAGUUUUUAAAAGUCGUUUUAAAACAAAAUUGUAAAGAUCUGAGUUUAAGAACAAAGGAGAAAAUGGUAUUUUGAAACUUGGUAAAUGGUAAACAGCUAGUAGUCAAGUUUUGAUUAUGAGCAUUAGAAUAACAGCCCGUUAUAGGUAUCCUUGUUAAGCAAUCCCUUUUUGCACUAGAUUUCUGAAAUAAGAUGCAGUUUUAAAAAUAAGUGCAAAAGUACUGCUCCUGACUCAGUCAAAAUAUUUUUGAAAAUUCUACAAUCUGUUGUCCUUGGUAAUACUAAAGGUUAUUUUAAAGUAUAAAAGCAAUCUGUGUCCAUGAAGGCUUUAUUGUGUGUUAUCAGGAGUAAGCUUUUAUUAAAUGUAUAUGUCCUUUGUUCUGUUUAAGUGGCUUUCAGCAAACUUCAGUCAUAUUUUUUAUACCUUUAUUUUAUUUGUUUAUUGUAUGUGGUGCCAGGAUUCGAACCCAGUGCCUCACACAUACUAGGCAAGUGCUCUACCACUGAGCCACAGCUCCAGCCCCAUUCAGUCAUAUUUUAUGCAGGGUAUUUCAAAAGCAAAUUGUGUUCCAUUAGUCAUGUCUUCAAUUAAAAGAUCAGAGACUUCUGGAAACUAUGUGUUGUAUAGCAACUUAUUUUGGGGGGUAAUUGGAUGCUUCUAGCAGGGUUUUAAGCAUGUGAUGUACUUUUUUUUUGGUGGGAAAUGCAGUAUUGGACAUGAAUGAAAUGCUUUGCUGUAAGUCAGAUUCAUACAGGCUGUCUGCUUUUCCCAGACUGUGAGUCAGGUAUCUUUGGAAGAAAUAUUAAUUCAUAUAAACUACUACCAUACUGAAUUAUGCCAUUUCUAAAUGCACUUAGCUUAUAGUUUUUAAAAAAUAGCAUCUCAAUCUUAGAAUCUGACUUGUUAACUUGAUUUCUAUGUUAAAAUUUUCCCUUAUGAAGAAGUGUGCCUUAGAUUACAAAAUUAUAGGUUUUUGUUGUUUUUUUCUAGCGAGUGUGUAGAAAUAGGAAAAGAUAUUUAUAGUGAAUUUUAUGUCAUGAAUUGCAUAUUGAAACAAAUAAAUGGGCAUAUAAAUUCUUA